AUGAAGACUACAAAACGAGUUCAGAAUUUUCACGCAUGUGAUCUUAAAUUAACUGAGACUUCAACUGCUUCUCACACAAUAUACUUCAAAGAACACAUAGUUAGAGAGCAUACAAAAGAAAAACCGCAGGGACGGACUUUAUUAGUAGUCAAUGUCCCGCCGUACGCUGAUGAAAAUGGUAUGAUUAACGCCUUCAGAGACGCUGGAACUGUACAGUCUGUCCAAUUUUAUUUAAAACCUUCUACUGCUGAAGUAAAAGAUGUUCUUAAAUUCAUACCUGACCCACAAGAAACCACAUUUAAAGCUGCCUAUUUAGUGUUUAAGACUGUUGCAGAGUUAGAUAAAGCUCUAAAGCUUUCAAAACUAUGUCCAUUAAACUCUGACAAACAUCAAGUAAAAGUUGGUUUAAAAAAGUGGGUUGACGAAUACAAUAGUUCUGUAAUAUUACCAAAAACCCUCAAAGAAAACAUUGAAUUAUUCAUGAAACAGUUUGAUUCGGAAGCCCAAAAGCAGGAAAAGAAGGAGAAGGAAUUGGAAGGUGAAGACGAUGAAGGGUGGGUCACAGUAACAAAGAAAGGAAAAGUUCAAAGUUUCGCUAGAUCGGAAAAGGUUGAAAGUAAGAUAAUGCAAAAAGAAGAGAGGAAAAAGAAAAGGAAAGAAUUGAAAAACUUUUACAGGUUCCAGAUCAGAGAAUCUAAAAUGAAACACAUUGUAGCACUAAGACACAAGUUUGAAGAAGACAAAAAGAAAAUUGCACAGAUAAAACAGAGUCGUAGGUUCAAACCUUUUUAA